CGUUACUUCCUGACCGGUAGUUUUGCGGGAACUUUGGUCCUCACACACUGACGCAUUCGGUCAGCCGUAAACAGAAAGUAACGAUGCCUCCUAAAGCCAAGGCGGCAGGGAAGGGCAGAGCUCCAGCUAAGAGAAAGCUGGCAGAGGAGUUUCCACCUGGAGAAGUCCUCACAGCCACUGGGAAGAAGUCCUGGAAGCUGGGGGCUCCGAUCGGACAGGGGGGAUUUGGAAUCAUAUAUUUAGCUGAUGAGAAUUCUGCAAAGCCUGUGGGUGCUGAUGCUCCGUAUGUCAUCAAAGUGGAGCCCAGUGACAAUGGACCACUGUUCUCUGAGCUCCAUUUUUACAUGAGAGCUGCGAAGCCUGAUCUCAUUGAGAGCUGGAUGAAGUCUCAUAAGUUGAAACAUUUGGGAGUUCCCAGAUACUGGGGCUCAGGUCUGCAUGAAAGUGGAGGCAAAAAGUAUAGGUUCAUGGUUAUUGACAGGCUUGGCACAGAUCUGCAGAAGAAGUUUGAAGAAUGUGGAAGGAGAUUUCCCAGAAAACUGGUUCUGCAGCUUGGUCUUCGACUGCUUAAUGUUCUGGAGUACAUCCACGACCAUGAGUACGUACAUGCGGACAUUAAGCCAUCCAACCUCAUGUUGAGCUACAGCGAUCCCAACCAGGUUUACCUAGUAGAUUAUGGGCUGGCAUUCAGGUAUGCACCAGACGGUAUCGUCAAAGAGUACAAAGAAAAUCCCAAGAGGUGCCACGAUGGUACCAUUGAGUUCACAAGCAUCGAUGCCCACAAAGGAGCAUCCCCAAGUAGGCGGAGUGAUCUACAGAUCCUGAGCUACUGCAUGGUUCAGUGGUUAUGUGGUCGGCUGCCAUGGGAGGACAAGCUUCAGGACCCCCUGUACGUCAGAGACUCCAAAAUCAGGUGUCAAGAAAACAUCUCUAAGUUUAUGACCGAGUGUUUUUCAUCUACGGACAAACCAGUUGAGAUCCAGAAGUUCAUGGAGAAGGUUGAAUCUCUCGACUACAAGGAGAAACCACCGUACGAGGAGUUGCGCUCCAUCCUGCAGGCCGGACUGAAGUCCAUCCAGGCUAAAGAUGACGGCAAACUGGAGUUCACUGCUGUCAAUGGAGCAGUGUCAGCUCCUGCUCAGAAGAAGACCAGGAGAAGGAAAGCAGCAGAGGACAUUGAAACUGAAGUCCCAUCAAGAAAAAAAAGAAGUAAAGAAAACGGAACAAAGUGAAGAACAUUCUCAGGAGAAGUCCCAAGAAGACCCCUAGAACCAGGAAGGUACCCAGCAGUGCAAAACAGGGACUCCAAAUCUAGACUG